AUGCUCGAGACUCACAAAAUCGACUUUCCUGGGGAACUCAUUGGCAAGAAAAUCCUUCUUGCGACUGAAUCACUUGGCCCAGUAAAUGGAGUGAGCAGAACGACUCAAAGCCUGGUCGACUACCUACGUAGCAACGGAGUGCACGUCGCAACAUAUGCGAGACGCAACAUCGAGCUGCUCAGGCAAACCAGGUCGAAUCCAGAAUUCCGUCUUCAAGGCUACCCACUCCCAUACAAUCCAGAUUUGACAGUCGCCUAUCCCUUCCGCCUGGGCGUGGUCUACGACAAAACCUUCAAGCCGGAUAUCGUCUACCUCGCCAGCCCUGCAUCAGUCGGCUUUCAGUUCCUCAUUCAACUCAGACAGCUCGACCAGCCACCACCAACACUUCUGAAUUUCCAGACCGAUCUCGCUGCCUAUGCCGAUAUCUUGUUCGCCUCGCCAAUCAACACGUAUGCCGUCUGGCUGCUGUGGCUCGCCCAAGGCUUUCUCUUCCGAGCCGCCGCUGUGCAUACCAUUUUCUACCCGUCCGCCUACGUCCGAAGAUACAUGGAAGAUUGCGGCGCACCAUCGGAGAAGAUGAUGCAGCUUGGUCGUGGCGUCGACACUGAAAUGUUCAACCCUAGUCGCCGCGACGACUCUUACCGAAGACAGAUCGCACCUGGAGGCGAGAUCAUUUUUUGCUGCAUCUCUCGCAUCGCACCAGAGAAAGGCUUCGAAUUCCUUGCUCAAGCUACCCAGCGUCUGCGAGACACGGGUCUUAAAUUUAAGCUUCUGAUCGUUGGUGGCAACAAGAAUCCUGCAGUCGAGAAUGAGGUACAAGGCUACUUCAAGAAUCUACAAGAUUGUGUUGUCUUCACCGGAAUGCUACGAGGAGUUGCACUGGCGCGAGCGUACGCAGCGGCCGAUAUCUUCCUUCACUGCUCGAUCACGGAGACUUUCGGGCUUGUAGUGCUCGAGUCUAUGGCAUCAUGUGUCCCGGUCAUCGCGCGAGACGAAGGCGGUCCUUCGGAAACGGUCAAGCACGGCAAGUCCGGCUAUUUGGUGGCACCAAACGACAUGGACACAUUCGUACACUAUGCCACCGAGCUCGCCACAAAUCACGACCUCCGGAGCGACAUGGCCGCUCGUGCACGCGAACAAGCUCUCGAUACCACUUGGGAAAAGAUCAACAAUCAAGUCGCAUUUCGAUUGGCAGACGCCCUUCGUACAUCAGAAGCAUCGACCUCCUCAUCAACCGCCAAGAAGCUUUCCUCAAUUAGCGACUACUACGGCAAUUUUGCGAGCAUGUGCAGCGUUUAUCUGGCUGUGGGUCUUGUUUGGAUUUUCUGGUUCAUCGCGGUAAUACCCAUGAUUCUUUGCGGGCUGGUGCAUGGUCUCUUUAAGUGA